AUGGGUGGUUGCACAAGCAAGCAAGAGAGAAAAAGUAUGAGAAGUGUCAAGGAGACAUCAAAUGAACAAAGCAAUGGAAGAAGACACAAAAGAAGAGAGACGGAUGAGAGAGAGAAAGUAAUGUUUGAUCAACUUAGAGAGGCGGAGAGAGAGUGGAGGAAAGAGAGGAAGAAACUUAGAGAGGAAGUGAAGAGGCUAAGGAAGAAAGUGGAAGAGAGAGAGGAAGCAAAGACAACCACGACAACAGAGGAGAGAGAGUAUUGGAAAUGGGUGGUCGAGGAGAUGUGUGUAGAGAGAGCAGUGAGAGAUGAAGCCGUGGAGAAAUGGAAACAACUCUAUUUAGCUAUCAAGAACGAGCUUGAUCAUCUCAUCAUCCACACAACUUCUUCCUCUGGAGAGGCAAUAAUGCAAAGGAAACUUGAGGAAGAAGAAGAAGAAAUUAAGACAGUUGAAGUAUUGAGAGAUGAAGUUAGAGUUAAGGAAGAUACAAUAGAGAAAUUAAAGGAGAAAAUAGGUUUGAUGGAUAGACAAAAGUAUGAGAAGGAAAGAGAGAUUGAUUUACUGAGACAGAACCAAAUGUGUGGAAUGUACAUAACACUUUUUAGUCAAAUAGUCUUCUGCAACAAGAUGAUAUCUCUCACUCAUCAGAGAAUCUUGAUCCACAAU